AUGCAACUCGAGACGUUUCACACGCAAAACACAACAACGGAACCGCGUACGCUGCAUUCCGCGGAACACUCGAGAAGUGCAUCCCCGCAAAAAAGGCGCGCAACGCGCCAAAGCGGCGCGGCGCGGUCACAAUGGCCGACCUACCAAUUCCUACUAAUUUCGACUACCGACUCGCGGAUCAUAUUCAUCCGUCGGCGCAUACAAAUCGGGGCCGCCUUUGAUUUAGCACAAUUCGGCCCGUCGUCUCGUUUCGCGCUCACAAUGGGGCCUUUUAUGACGGGCCCCGGGCCAUUAUACGCUCAUUUGGGGGGGCAUUCAGACGGUGACACUCGUCGCUUCCGCGCGGCCCGAUCAAUUAGCCGUUUGUCGGUCGCGAGACGACGCGCCCGUGAAAUGCAGUUCGUCAAU